CGGGGGGUGGGCACGGCUCGCACGCCGGCGACACGGCCGCGGCCUUGGGCCUGGGCGGCACGGAGCGGGCAGCCCGGCCUGCGGGGAGGCGGCGGGGCGGCGCCGGGCGCCCGCUCGGCAGCGGGGCUUGAAGGGCGGGACGUGUCGCCCGUGCUGCCCAUGGCGGAGGGGUCCCUGAUCCUCCUGCUUCCCGCGGGCACCCCGCUAGGGCGGGACUGGCUGUCCGUGCCACCGGGUUUCCGCCCGUGGCUCUGUCCGGGUACGCGGCUCUACCUGGCUGGGCAGCGGCUCUUGCCCGGGAUAGCGGGGCAGGGCCCGGACAGGCACCCCCCUGCCGGGCCUGGGUGCUGCAGGCUGGGGAGGCCGCACGCGGCGGGGCCCCUGGGACCCCUCCAUACCCCCUAAUCCCGAUGGGCGAAGCCCGUAGCGACUGUCACCAUCACUUCCCACCCGUUUGAGGCCGGCAGCCCGCGGGGAAAUCCGUGUGAUUCAGGAUGCUACUCCUGAUCUCGGGGACCGCACGUUUUGAGGAGGAGCCGUAGUAUUUCUGAAGACGUGGCUCUGGACCUGCAGCCCUUUUGUUUUCAUGCUGGGGAAUGAGAGACUUCCUUCCCCUGAAGUGCGAUGCCUGCGAGCAGAUCUUCUGCACCGACCACAUCGCUUAUGCCCAGCACGAUUGCACCUCUGCCUACAAGAAGGAUGUGCAGGUCCCAGUGUGUCCCCUCUGCAACACCCCAGUCCCUGUGAGGCGGGGGGAGAUGCCUGAUGUUGUGGUGGGGGAGCACAUUGACCGUGACUGCAAGUCUGACCCUGCACAACGCAAGCGUAAGAUCUUCACCAACAAGUGUUUGAAGCCUGGCUGCAAGCAGAAGGAGAUGAUGAAGGUGAUCUGUGACCAGUGCCACAAGAACUACUGCCUCAAGCAUCGGCACCCCCUGGACCACGACUGCAGUGGGGCAGGGCAUCCCCUUUCCAAAGCAGGGCAUGCUGCAGUUACCAGAGCCCAGGCAUCCUCCUCCAAAAUAGUCACUGCAUCAAGCAGCGGAGCAGCAGACAGCUCCUCUUCUCUGGCCUGUGCCAGAGGAGGCAGAGCAGCUGCCUCGCAGACUCGCAGCACCUCCCCUCCAGCUGUCAUGCUGCAGAAUGGACUGAGUGAGGAAGAGGCCCUGCAGCGAGCUCUGGAGAUGUCUCUGGCAGAGUCAGCACACAGCUCAGCACAGCAGCCCAGCAGCACACAGGAGGAGGAGGAUCUGGCACUGGCCCGGGCACUGUCGGCGAGCGAAGCCGAGUACCAGCAGUCACAGCGGCAGGGGCAUGGUUCAAAGCCAUCCAACUGCAGCAUGUCGUAGGCAGGGGCAGCGGGCUGGGCCAGUGGACACAGGAUCCUGCUUGUGACCCGAGGAGUGGCUCUGGCCUCCCACAUGGAUGCUGUGGGGCUCUGGCCCGGACACUGGUACCAAGAGCCCCUUGCCAAGGACAGCUCAUCUCCCUGGGAGCUGUAAGCAACCAAAUAUACACUGACACUUCA